AUCUCUGUCGAAUGAACCCAACGAAAUUUAGUCGAUUCGAUGAAGAUAUCGCCAUCACGCGGGUGUCUUGAAAAAAAAGAAGGGAAAUAAUGAUGGGAUUUAUCGCUUCAAUUCAACCUCCACAGUCAUCAGUGAGGUGGCAGAAAGAUGACACCAUUGCUUUCGUGGAGAAACAAGACUUGUCUAAGGGGACAUUAUACAUAGCUGAAAGCCAUGUAUCAUGGAUUAACCCAAGUGGACAAGGCUUCAAUGUUCCUUACCGUGCCAUCACGGUCCAUGCUAUAUCGAGAGACCUGUCGUCAUUCCCACACGAGUGCCUCUACCUCAUGAUCGACUCCGAUGUGAUGACCGAGCUCAGAGAUGUCCCGGGCCAAGGAGGAGAUGCACCUCAAGAUGACAACAGCGAUGACGGCUUCCAGGAGGAAGAGGGGAAUGAAGUCCGAGAGAUCAGACUUGUUCCUCAGGAUAAAACAGUGUUACAGAGUAUGUUUGAUGCUAUGUCAGAAUGCCAGGCUUUACAUCCAGACCCAGAUGAUGAUGGAGAUGACGCAAAUGCUUUUGUCCAAUGCGAUGAUGAAGAAGAGGAGGAAGAAGAGGAGGAAGGAGAGGAGGGGGAAGAAGGGGAGGAUCCUGCAAUAGGGGUAGAGUUGAUCAUCGCUAAUCAAGGCGACAGCGAUGCCAUGGACACCGGCCAGUUCGACGAUGCGGAUAUGGAUCCGGAGCAUUGACGAACAAUUUCAUUCAUUCCAGCGGACGCUAAAGCUGACAUUGAAGGCUUGUUUACAUUAUAUGUUGAUGUGAAUUCAUUGAAAUGACUGCAUUAUUUCAUGUGGGCAAUGUACUUACAUUGUGUAUCAUCAUGGAGCUAUUGAAACACCUAUACAGGCAAACAUGGAUCUGCUAGAGGUGGACAUCUUUGUUUUGUUUUGCAAUUCCUGCAUACGUGGUCCUUGCUUGUUUGCCAUUAGAGUCUUAAGGGGGAUCAUUGUGGGGGGGGGGGGGAUUUGACCCCACUUCCUGUCAAAGUCUUACAACUGUGAAGAUAUGACAGGACAUUUUUUUUUUCAAGUCUUAUGCAUUUUUUGGUACCAAGGUCAAGACAAUCAAACUACAUGUAAGAGUCAUGGGGUCAUAGCUCAUUUUGUUAUAUGUUGGCACAAAAAAAUAUAUUUUACAGGAAUUUGUGUACACCUAAUGGAAAAUUAUGAUUUACAUUAUUUGUACCAAGCAAUGUAAAUUUCUGAUCCUAUGCCAUCAAUCCUAUCCUAUCUAAAAUUCAUCAGAAACUAAAUUCUAGAAUACCUUUGAGUCAUGAAAACAAUAAAGUACAUAAGCAUAAAAAACAAAUAUAUAUAUAUAAAAGAAUGAAUUUAAGGGUGACAUCUUUUCACAAAAAGUAAUGUUGGAAAUGAUUUCUGAUUUCCCACCAACCUUUUGCAAAAGAUUUUGCUUUAAAGACCCUUAUUUGAAGGGAAUGACAAAAACAAAAUCCAUGCAACUCAUUUGCCAAUUCUAAUAUAAAGAACAAUUUUGCCAAAGAAAUAAAAACCCUGCAUACCAGCACCGUUUACUGCUGUCUCAACUUCCAUCCUAUGCAAAAUUUCUUACCGAUCUGACUUUUCACUGCCAAGGUCAAGAUCUUCCAAUCCCGUAAAACCUUGAUCUGUAAAAGCAUAGAUCAAUCGAUGGUAAGUCAUAAAAAACAAUGUAAUAGUUUGUAUGAGUGUGACUGCCACAUAUAUCCACCCCCCUUCCCUCCAUUCCUUUAUCUCGUCUUAGUCUAGUAUAAAAGGCGAUAUGAGUUUAUAGGCUGUAAGAGGCAGCUGUUAGGACUGGAGUGAAACUGUUGGGCAGCUGUUGUCUCAUUCUUCUACUCCAGGCAGUGAGUGCCCUCUGCAUGUAUAUGCUACCGCUAGAGUCACACCUUCGGAACGAACUCCACACUGACCUAUGGUAUGUCAUUGGAAAUAGCGUAUCAGCUUUUGUUAAUCUGGGUCCCGUAACACAAAGAUUAGGGAUUAAUCGUACGCUUGAUUUUCACGAUUGAUUGUACAUGUACAUUGUAGUUAAUGCAAUCAAUCGUUAAAAAAUGUACGAUCAUUGCUAAGCAUUGUGUUAUGGGCCCCUGGAGUUGGUUGCACUGGUUUGAAUGUAGCAUAUACCUAGGCCCUGUCUUACAAAGACUUGCGAUUGAUCUGAUCACUCCCAACUAUGGCAAUCCACCAAUGUAAUAAUUCUAUAUAGAAGAAAUGUACAAAACAUUCCUUUGGAAACAAGAGGAACAUGAUAAUUUGUCAAAGGAUGAUGGAAACAUGACUAUGAUCAUAUUUAUUAAAAAAAACACUUUGAAGGGACAUAUGCAUUUUAGAUGUUGGAGUCAUUGGGUUUCCAUAGUUGUGAUUAAGUGUGAUUAAUAGGAUCAAUUGUAUCUCUUAGUAAGACAGGGACCCUGUAGUACUUGUCAGUUAGGAAGUACAGUGUAUAUACAUUUAAAGGGAUAGUUGGGUUCCGGGGAAGGCAAAAACAAUCAUUGUGAACUUAAAAUUUAUUUUCCUGUAUGCUUGAGACUAUUGUAUUGUGGUAUGUGUAGUUUCACUGCAAAUUAGUUCUCUUCGUAUGCCCUCGGUUACUUUGUAUUGAAAUGUUGCAUACAAAGACUGAUGAAUAUUUAGGCCAAUAUCAAUGGAGUUGAGGGGUCUGCUGAAUUUAUGUGAGAGAUACGUGGGUUCUGGGGAAGGCAAAAAUAAUCGAGAACUUUUACUUUCUUUUCCUGUAUGAUUGAGAUUAUGGUAUGUGUAGUUGCACUGCAAAUGAUUCCUCUCCAUAUGCCCUCAAUCCCUUUAACUUUAGAGGUUACAUAAAUGGCAGAUAAAUAUUCAGGGGGGUGUUUCACAAAGAUUUAAGUGUGACUUAAAUCACACUUACAUGUAAAUGCCGACAUGUAUCUGAAAUACAACGCACAAUCUAAUUGAUCAGUACGCAGUAGUACGCGUCCUCUUUGCAUGAUCUGACCAAUGCGGUUAUGCCUUUUAUAAUGCACGCAACUAGGCUUUUAAGUGCGACUCGAAGGUCAUACUUAAAUCUUUGUGAAACACCCCCCCACCCCCCCGGCCAAUAUUAUGGAGGUUGAAAGGACUGCAGAAUUAUGCAUCUAGGUAUGCUGACAAAAGUGUAAAAAAAAGUACUAGAACACAGGUAUCACUAGCAAAAUGACUUGUCAAUUUGUAAUUGGAUCGUUUGUACAAUUUUUUCCGAUAUCGACAAUCUUCAAGAGAAGUCUUGUAUACAUUUUGUACAUUAAUGUACAGUUUGGGAAUCUACUAUGUACUUGAAACUUGAAAUGGACUUCUUUUGUUGAAUACACUGAAAUUAUUUAUACUUUAUACAUGUGGUAUAUUGUUCAGGUUAUAUGUUCAUUUAUUUCAACUUCGAUUUUUAUUUCAUGUAUGAAUUAAAAAGACAUGAAAUUAUUUGUUAAACAAAAAAAAAUCUUGUAGAUAAUUCAGCAACUGGAUUUCUCUUUGAAAGAGAAUAGUACAGUACCUGUACAGAUGACGUAACUUUUGGUAUAAAUAUAUCUUUGAAAAAUA